AUGGAGUCAGUGGAGGAAGAAUCACGCAUCAGAAAUUAUUCUCGAGCGUUGGAGUUCCAUAGCAUUCGGCGAAAUAGCGGCGGGGGUGGAAUUGAAGGCAGCGGCAAGGCAGAGCCGACACCGUUGAUCAAGGAUUAUUCGCGAAGCCGGACAUUAUCUGAUCAGAACCGCAAAAGACAUUUAGAAGAUCUUGACUCAUCACCGUCCCCGAAGAAAAUGAGUCCAGAUCUGCUAGAAAAGACCCCGGAACGAAAUUCUCAUAGCACGACUAAUGGUACAAGUAGUGGUCAUGCUAUCGGCGGAAGCAGUGGUUCUAAUUCAGGACACUCAGUGACCAGUCCUAUUGUGCCCUCAAAAGUAACCCUUUCCCCGCCGAUUGCCAUGACAUUUCCAGUCUCACAAUACAACAUGCCGACAGUGGCAAGUGUACGUCUAACGUCUUCGACGUCAGGUACACUCUCCUCACCGAGUGACGCCACUCAGAUAACCAGCGCCAAUGCCCUCUACCUACCCAGAUAUCCAGUCUUUCCGUCAUUUGGCUUGACAGCUGCCGCCGCCGCCGCUGCUGCUGCUGCCGCAGCUGCUACGUCUCAGCCCCUGCUAGAGAACCACCCACCUCAUAGUAUCAUGGAAAUUUACAAGAACGGUUUGGUACAGAAUACAACGGAGCAGUUCGGUAGUGAAAACAGCCUCAGUUUUCCGAAGCAUCCGAUAUUUGCCGAGAGGCCUAGCGUCAGUCCGUUCAUUAAAACUCAGAACCCGAUGGUAGAAAAAAUCAUUGCCAGCUCAUCACCUACGAUGCUUCAUACACCUUUGACGUCGUUAAAUCUGUCGCAGAACUGGUAUACAAAAUUAAGGACAUAUGAAAAAGAUGCAUACAUCUAUCUAUCUAUCUAUCUAUCUAUCUAUCUAUCUAUCUAUCUAUCAGCCAAUCUGUCUGUUUGA